GGCCCGGCCGGAAGCCUCGGCACCGGACCGUCCGUGAGGAGAGAUCCCAGCACGUGGAGAUGGCCCGCCCGGGACCGGGCUGGCUAGGAGCCCGCCAGGAGAACCAGGGCGAUGACCACGAGCCGAUGCCAGGGGAGCCGAUGCCGGAAGAGGGAUGGGGCCGGCCCCCCGGCUCCCUCCUGAAGGCCCGGAGGUCGCCCGGGGCCCUGGACGGAGCCACCACGCUGGCCCGCGGGGCCAAGAAGAGGAGGAAGAAGGAGGAGUCUUGGCCACAGUCCGUCAUCGUCUACCGCUCGGAGAACCAGGGGCCCGAGGAGGAGGAAGAGCAGGAGGAGCAGGAAGAGCAGGAAGACGGGGAGCCCUCCAGAGAAGAGGAAGGAGCCAAGUUCCUGGGGAACCCCUCGACAGAGGAUGCCCGCUACGUGACCCUGACGGGGACGGUGACGCGGGGCCGGAGGAAGGGCCAGCUGGUGGACAUCCACGUCAGCCUGACGGAGCGGGAGCUGCGGCAGCUGAGCGGGGCCGCAGACCCCCCGGGCCGGCCCGCCUGCCCCCUGGGGCCCGACCGGGGCCCCCACGUCCUCCUCUGGACGGUGGCCUGUCUGCCCGUGGUCUUCGUCCUGGCCUUCGUGGUCUCCUUCUACUACGGCACCCUCACCUGGUACAGCGUGUUCCUGGUGUACAACGAGGAGCGUGCCUUCUGGCACAAAGUGUCGUGCUGCCCCUGCCUGGUCCUGUGCUACCCGCCGCUCAUCGUGGCCCUGGCCGGCUCCCUGGGCCUGUACGCCGCCCUGGCCCAGCUGUCCUGGUCCUGGGGGGCCUGGUGGCGGGCGGCCCGCGACCUGGAGAAGGGCUUCUGCGGCUGGCUCUGCGGCCGGCUGGGCCUGGACCGCUGCGCUCCCUACAGCGUCGUCGAGCUGCUCGACGCCACGGGCGCGGACACGGACGUGCCCGCCGGGCCCUCGCCCGGGCCCUCCGCGCCCCACGUGGAGACCUCGGCCGUCUGAUCGGCCUCCCCUCCCCGACCCCGGGCAUCGGAAGGGGCCGCACGCGCAUUCCACGUCGGGGAGGAGAUGAUGACCACACUCGUGUCGGUCUGAACGCCCCCAACCUGGGUGGGAUAUAGCCUACAUCCCCCUUCCCACCUCCCACUCACUAGUGAGGCCCCCGCCCCCCCAAUCCCAUGGUCUCCCAAGCACGGGGGGGAGAGGCGCUCACUCUCCUUCCCUACGGGGAAGGAAAAGGUGAUGAUAUCUGGUAAGCGCUUACUAUGUGCCAAGCACUGUUCUAAGCA